AAUGGGCGAGACGAACACUGACCGACUACUGCGUCAGGCGAGCAAUCGGAUCGUGGACGAGCCCAGUGAACGACUGCUGCAGUUGUCCGACGAAAUGUUCAGUAAAGUGGCAGCAUACGUCAAAGCCGAAUUAGGACAGCCCAUCGACGACCUGGCACUAAUGGAGAAGAUCAACAACAUCACUGCGGCCAGGUACUCGAAAAUGGCUGAUCAGAUGGCGAACGUCAACGCUGAGGUGGCGGAGCUGUACGAUGCGUAUACCACAGUUGCAGUGUCGAUGGAGAAGAUUGAUGAGGUUGAGCAAGGUAACGCGAGCUACACUGAUCACGUGUAUAUUACUUGGUACAUUAAGAGUUAG